AUGUCGGCUCCUGCUGUACCGUAUACUCCUCCAGUUCCUGGUAUACAUGGAAAUGAAAGUUACAUCAAUUUCGAAUUCUCAUUUUUCACCCUCCCAAUGUUUCUGCUUACAUUGCCACUUCUCUAUGUGCCAAUUACAAUUAUCAUUAUACUUCGAAUCUUUGUUAAAUUACUGUACGGAAUGAGAGAUAAAAAUGUGAAUGUUCCUCUUUUCAGUGCAAUCUCAAUCGCAUAUUUUGUGAGUAUUCUGUUCUUCAUCCUUGAUUUCGUUUUCGUCCGACUCUUUACGGCUGGAGUAUUCACAAGUUGGUGUGCAAGUGUUGAACCAAAUCAUUACUUGAUUGUUUUAUAUACUGCGACCUACUAUGUAAAUUACGCAAGUAUGGUGUUUCCUUUUCUCGUGUCCACUAUGAGAUUGAUUCUGAUUGCAUAUCCUCAGAACCAAAUGAAGAUCAAUCGAACCCUACUUCGUAUUGCUAUUCCAAUGAUUUUUAUCUAUCCUAUUUUUAGCACUUUUUUCAUGUUUCCAGCCGUUGGUUAUUGUUCCCAGGCAAGAGGUCCUUUUCCUUUUGGAUCGGUACUUGUUGGAUUUCAAAACUCUCUUUUCGGACUGAAAAACAGCUACUUUCUUGUUGCGAACAAUAUGCUCUGGAUGGCAGCUAGUCUUAUCAAUAACUCUAUUCUGUUAAUUAAACUAGCUCGUCUAAAGUCAUCUUUUUGUCACAACGGCAGAUCCAAAAAAUCAUACAAAGCAGAAGUCUCUUUGACCUUUACCACCUUUUCAAUGAUUUUUUCUUAUGUUUCAAGUUCGUUAGUUGUGAUAAGCUAUCAACUAGGAGGCGAUUCAACGUACUACGUAAUCAUGUUUCGUCCAUUUGGAAAUGAUUUAGAUAUGUGCAUCUGUCCAUGGGUUUUCUAUCUCACUCAUCCGAUUUUCAGAAGAAAAACUAAUAAUGUGAUUCAUGUUAACCAAAACGAAAAACUCCAGUCUUAA